AUGAACUUCAGCAGCUGCAAUAUCACAGUCGAUGACAGUUUUCCACUUGUCCAGUCGUGUGUUUACGUCCCAGUUUUGGGUUUUGGCAUUUUGCUGAAUGUGUUGGCACUGUGGGUGUUAUGCUGCAAAGUUGGCAAAUGGACAAAAAACAGAGUAUACCUGGUCAACUUGUCUGUUACUGACUGCUUGCAGCUCUUCACCUUGCCUUUUAAAACAUUAUUGCAGUUCCAGCAUCUGCAGGCAGAUGAAUGGUCGCUGAGCUUUAUGAGCAUGGGGAUCAUCACCAUCGUAGCAGCAGAUCGGUACCUUGCAGUGAAGUACACUUUGACAGCUGGGGCACUGAGGUCACCACUGAGGAGGGCUUUUGCCUCAGGAUUUCGUUGGAUAUUCAUCACCUGUGAGAUGUCCCUCAUUAAAAAUUUAGAGGAUCGAGGACAAGUCCUUUGCUUUGGAAAAUCUGCUAGGACGCCCUCGGUGGUCUCACUGGGUGUCUUUAUUGCAGAAUUUUUCAUACCACUGCUCAUCUUGAGUUAUUGGUCCAUACAAGUCAUCACAGAACUCAGAAGAAAGAAGAAUGAAAACUCUCAAAUGGAAAAGUUAGUCAGGAAGGCUGUUGCAAACAUGGCUGUGUUCACCAUAUGCUUUUUAACUCUUCACCUCAGACAUCUCCUUCGUUUUAUAAUGGACUCCAUCAGCUCCAGCUGCUCUGCAAUACAGAGCAUUAACAACUCUGUUCAUUUUGCCUCAGUCAUUGCAAACACAAACUACUUCCUGGAUGCUAUUUGUUACUGCUUUGUCAGCAAGGAAUUUAAGGAAGCAACUUCCAAGCUAGCAAAGUCCAAAUCUGAAGGCAGUAAAGAAGGAGCCAAAAUUCAGCUCUCACAGAUCAAAGAUUAGUGCAAAACAAAUCCAGCACAUCUUUUAUACUUGCUGUUUUCAAAUUCAACUGGGACUCGAUAGCAGUCCCAGUUGAAUUGCACUUCCUUUUUGUGAGAGUGGGAUAGAGGGACAUUUUGCUAAUGGAAACAUUCAGAUACAUGAAAAUGAGCUCUGGUUCAGACAAUCACAGCAGUCCAGAUCCUGAUGUAAUGAUCUUGAUUGCCUUUCUCUGACUUAUGCAAAUUUGAGUAAAAUAAUAGCUUUUCCCUGCAAAAAUCCCCUGUCUUUCAUUUUACAGGAAAUUCAAAACAAAUCCAGGCAGUGGUAAAGGUUUGGGGUUUGUUCUUAUUCCCACGUUGGAUUGGUUUUUGUGCAGCUGUGACAAAGAAACAGAGGCUAUUCCAAAUAUGAAAAAAAUUUAAAAAAUUAGGGUGAGUCCACUGCAGAAAAAGAAGUGAGGGUGUUUCUAUAAGUGACAAACUUUUGGGGUUUUAGUUGUUAAUAAUGCACAAUCCUAGUAGCAGAGGGAGUUUUACCUGCUUUAGACAACCUUACAGCAAUGCAACAGCUACAAAACGGUCACCAUUGCAAUAUAAGGUCAGAAGAAAUUGCAAUUGCUUAUAGUGGGGCAAAACUUUACAACACAUAUGUGUGAGACAGAUGGCAUUAAAACUACUAUCCAAACAGUGUGUGUAGGGCACUGGGAAUAAGGACUCUGUAUCAGGACCCUAUUCAACCUUUUAAUGUAAAGGACUGUCUAAAGAAAGUGGCAGCAGCUGCUAUAAAGAAAUUGACCUAAAUAAAGUAGUGUCGUUAGCACAGAAUUCAGUUUCUUAAGGAGUUAAACGGAAAAGGAUGGAGAUUGGGUGAUACAGGACCUGCUCUGCUCUCUGCCCCUCGAGGGAUAACUCAUCUUCGUGCUGUCUAGGCAAGGAGCAGCACAUGUGAGCUGCAACCGAGACUCAGAUUUUCCAAGGCAGAGCGGAGUAUGGCACCACAAACAGCUAAGAAAGUGGAAUCACCAACAGGCCUCAGACCACAGUGCCCCAGGAUGGGAUGUACCAGGCACACACCUCCACUCAUACCUCCCAGCCCAGGCUGGGCUUCCAUCUGCCUGUACCUGCUGUGCCAAACCCUACUGCCACCAAAGAAGCCUUACAGCCCCCACACCCAG